UAAUACACAAGUUUCACAAUUUGACUUGAAUUACUGAAAUAAAUGAACUUUUUCACAACAUUCUAAUGUAUUGAGAUGCUCCUAUACUGUAUCUAGUAUGGCUUAAAUUGAGCAUUAAACCUGAAUUUCUUAACCGCCUCCUUCAUUUUACCAAACUCUGAAAGUUCAUGUCUACCCCCACCUGUCUUGUUACAAAUCAGGGAUAACCCAUAUGGCAAACUGGCAGAUUAACUUUAAAGAGAGCUGGAUUUCAGUGAACCGUCAUCUGGGCCAUUUUGCUUUGUCGCUUUUUUCCCCUAAAAAUGCUGAAACCCAGUAAAACUUUUGUAAAUCACACUGUUCUUGUGAUUUACAAGAACAGCUUAAACUCUAUUCUAUUUGAAAGUGUGGUUAUGUGGAUUAUAGAUUCAAAUACCAUUUUAAGGAGAGUUCAAGUUGAAUUCAGUGACUUCAGUGAACCUAAAAAUGUGUAUUUUUUUUUUACUUGUAUGUGUAUAUAUGUAUUUAUUGCUCAUUAUUAUACAUAAUAUAAGUAGUGAAUCAGAAGUCUGGAAAUGUUUAGUAGAAAAUUCAGUAGUAGUGCUUUAGCUUUACUUACUCUAAUGAUUAUAGUGCAUGUCAGUUCAAAUCCUUGUUAAAUAUAGUAUGAACUAAACUGAACUAAAAUUCAAAAUCUGCUAGUAUCACCCCCUCUAGCUGACAGAUGUCUAUCUUACAUGUCGACACUGUGCUUCAAGUUACUAGUAUGAAAAAUAGGCAAAUGAUGCAUGUUAUUUUAUUAUUUUUAAAAAUAAAAAACACUUUUGCUUUAUAUUUUUCAUUUAUUAACUGUGUUAUGUUUAAACCCUGCCCAGAUCAGUGCAGGCCAUAGGACAAUAAUGUCAUUCAUAGCAAUAGGCGGACUGUAAUCCCGAAAUAAACAACUGGUUUGAUGAUGUAAUACAUUUGAAUAGGUAAAUUAUAAAACGGUGAAUCUUUCACAUGAAUGGGGCCAGAGUGAUGACAUGAGUGGAAACUGGUCAUGAAAUAUGCAGAACGCCUGGGCUGUUAUUAGCAUCAUACUGACUUGUUGCAUGCUGCUUUAUCUAGUGCUUUGGAUGAAUCUUUCUGAACAGUUUUACAGCAAAACUGUCAUCAUUUCUGCAUCAAUUUUAUCACAACUUGGAAUUCCUAGUUUGUACAGUGAAAAACCCAUUUACUCCACUGAUCAAGAAAUCAACAUAACACCUAUUCCAGUUCUCUAUAAGAAAAUUUUUACAAAACUUCCAGUGUGGGAUUUUGAAGACUUUUAUUUGCGAGACAAUGAAGCAAGAGAUCCUACCUGUCCAAAGUCCCUUUACAACACAGAGGAUCUCAAGUUCAAGGAGAAAGUUCUUCCUGACAUUCAGCUGUGGCUGUACAAAGGUCUACUCAACAUAACAGAAUGGAAUCGAUUAGCACACUUCAACAAUCCCUUCGGCUUCAUGGAAUACAAGUACAAUGAGAUAAAAAGAGCAGUGGAUUUGAUACCAAAGCCCAAGUCUUCAAUAUUACUGCCUGUGCAUGAAAAUUCAAAGGAUGGCUGUGUCCGCUGUGCUGUUGUGGGCUCUAGUGGCAUUCUCAAUAACUCAAAGAUGGGCAAAGAGAUAGAUUCCCAUGAUUAUGUUUUUCGAGUAAAUGGGGCUGUUACUCAAGGUUACGAGGAGGAUGUUGGAAAUAGAACAUCAGUUUAUAUACACACGGCUUUUUCCUUGUAUUCCAACAUUCUGAGUUUAAAAAAGUACGGCUUUAACAGUGUUCCACAAGAUGAGGGUAUCAAAUAUGUAAUGAUCCCUGAAGGCCGGAGGGACUUUGAGUGGCUCCAAGGCCUUUUGCAGAGAAAAGAAGCCAACGGGUCAUUCAAGGGUGUGAGGCCACUGAAAUAUUUCGAAGGGAAAUUUAACGAGAGUAGAUUCUAUGUUCUUCACCCUGACUUUCUUCGAUACAUUCGCAACAGAUUAAUGCCUUCCAAACAAAUGCAGGGCAUUCACUGGUCAUUGUACCGACCGACCAAUGGAGCGUUUGCUUUGUUCUUGGCUAUUCACACAUGUGAUAUUGUGGACGCCUAUGGAUUUAUCACAGAAGACCACCAUAAGUACUCCAACUAUUAUUAUGAAAAGUUAAAAAAAACAAAUGUAAUUUUCUAUAUCAACCAUGACUAUGGACUGGAGAUAAAGACUUGGAAGAAACUGCAUGACUCUGGAAUCAUUAGACUUUUCCAAAGACACUAACACAUCGAAAACAGAAGAAGACUCUCUGUUCUGUCAACAGCCGUUAUUUUACAAUUCUUAAAUGAGCUGUGGACAAAAAUGAAAUGAAACAUCUGUAAUAUGCUCCAAAUGAAAGGCUGUACUAUCAGUUUGACCUUUUUUGUUUUUGCUUUUUUAAAAGGUGAGGAAGGUGAUAUUUAAAUUUUAAAAUUGUCUUGGUUUGUUUGUUCGAUCUUUGUUCUUCAUUACAUUAAAAAUUAACAGCGUAUAAAUUGGAUUUUUAUUAUGCAUAUUUUUAUUCUAAUGUCUAUUUUCUUAAAGAAUAUGUUUUUCUCAUUUAUUUUUAUCUAUAUCUACAGUAUACUUUUUAUAGCUCAUCCUAUCUAACAAAUGUUCUUCCAGAACUGUGUAUUGAUAAGCAUCAUCAAACUUCAGAAACAACAUGAAUGAACAUGACAGACUAAUACAAAGUUGUUUUCUCAUUGAUUUAUCUAAAGUAGCAUACUUCUUUGGAAGACUUUGUUGUUUUAACUACAGUUUGUUUAAAUUGUAAUCUGACAGUACAAAUUCAAUGCAUCAUUAAACCAUGUGUUUAUUUUAGGAUUGGGAGAGAACAGAAGGGAAUAUUUGUCAGGGUGUCAUUAAGACAUCCCAGAAAUAUUGAUAAACUGAUAGAGCUUUGUGGGGUGAGAUGGUUCAAAAUUGGUCAAAAGUCUUAUAAGCAGUUACAGAAAAUGUUUAGGUGACUUUCUUCACCUUGCAUGUGAACGAUUACUGAAUGUAUUCAAUAAAAACUCAGAAAAUACACGGAUCUGUAUUUUUCAGAUUGUCUAUAAUUGUUUGAAAAAGACGAAUUAAGAUUUUAUGAAUAAUAAUCAGUGUAGAAAUGUUGAUAUUUUUAAAGGGUUUACAAACUUAUUCUUCCCACAUGCCUGAAAAGCUAAAGACUUUGAAGAAAUUGUGUGACUCUAGAAUCAAUAGACUUUACCAAAGACACAAACGCAUCAAAGACAGAAAGAAAGAGACUCUGUAUUCUGAUAGUCUUUGUGAAGAACAAACUGUAUCUGAACAUUAAUCUUUUAUGUGUACUCUUUUUUUUUUUCCCCAAAGCCAACUCUAUUAGACAGCCAUCUCAGUAUUCAGUGUUUAACCCUUGUAUAUUGCGGGUCAAUUUGACCCCUUUAGAUUUCUAGUUGUUGGAAAUACUGGUUAACCUAUGUUUUUUUUUCUUGAUAUUUUGUGACUUUUUCUCAUUUAUCAUCAUGAACAUGCAUGCAAAGUUUCAACAUGCUGGUGUUUUUCUGACAUAUACAAACAGAAUUACUAUUAUGUUCGUGACGUCCGCGGGUCAAUUUGACCCUCAUAUUUUAAU